AUGGAGCUAGAGGACCAAUGGUGGAAGGGACAACUGGCUACCGAUAUAUACCAGGCGCUGCGAUACAAUGAGCUCAAGCUGCCCUCCUUCAAAGGCCAGUCCCCUCAGCUCAAGUUGAGGCGAUACUUUGCAGACCUCAUAGCCAUCGUCAGCAACCACUACCGGCUGUGUCCCACAGCUAGACAUCUUGCUGUCUACCUGCUGGACCUCUUCAUGGACCGCUACGAUGUCACAGUGCAGCAGCUUCACAUGGUGUCGCUCUCAUGUCUGCUUUUGGCUAGUAAAUUUGAGGAACGGGAAGACAGGGUUCCAAAAUUGGAGACUCUGAACAGCCUGGGGUCUAUGAGCUCCAUGAACAUAGUUUUGACCAAGCAGGCUCUACUACACAUGGAGCUUUUCCUGCUAGAAUCCUUCCAGUGGAACUUGUUCCUCCCCACAGCAGCUCAUUUCAUAGACUACUACCUUUCUAUCGCAGUCCACGAGGGAGAUCUCCAUGAUGGCUGGCCUAUGACCUGUCUAGACAAAACGAAUCUCUACAUGGCCAAGUAUGCUGAUUACUUCCUGGAAGUCUCCCUGCAAGAUCAUGUGUUUUUAUGUUUUGCCCCCUCUCUGGUGGCUGCUGCAUGCGUGGCUGCCUCACGCCUCAUCCUCCAUGUAUCCCCUACAUGGCCCCCCCGAUUACAGCGGCUCACAGGCUAUACAUGGGAGAACCUAGUCCCCUGUGUUGAGAAACUCCUCAUUGCACAUGACAGUGAUGUCAAAGAGGCCAACAAGCAGAAGUGCCCACAGCCACAGCAGCAAGGUCAGACAGUGUACCACAGUUCGAGCCAGGCAGCCACUGUGGCCCAGUACCUGCACCGGCCCAGCAUGCAGUACACCCAGCAAGCUACACAGCCAGCUCUAGCCCCAAAUCACAGGCCUGCCUCAUAUCUGGCCCAUACCACCACCGUGCAGGUCCAAAAUGGUCCCCCGGAGGGCAGUACUCAAGUCAUCGCUGCUUCAUUGGAGCCAAAGUCAAACCUUACUAAUAGGGCUGAACAAGUUGGCAUGCACUAGAGUUGCACAUCAUGCUUUGACAGAUGA